AUGGAAUUAUUGGACGUGAGGAUAAGAAUGAGUACGGCUUUCCACCCUCAGACCGAUGGGCAAACAGAGCGAGUCAACCAAACCCUCGAGCAUUAUCUACGAGCAUUCUGCAACUACGAGCAAGAUGAUUGGGCAGAGCUACUCCCAUUGGCGGAGUAUGCUUACAACAACUCGGUUACCACCGCCACGGGCCAAUCUCCGUUCUAUACCAAUUACGGUUAUAACCCAAGAACCAACUGGCCGACGGAAGCCGAAGUGGUCAACCCAACCAGUGACCUGUAUGCCCACUUCAUCCGAGGAGUCCACAAUUCUGCUCUCGCUCGUUUGACAGACACCAGGGAAAAGAUGGGAAAAUACUAUGAUCGGAAAAGGGACGAACCGCCUAACUUCAAGGUGGGAGACAUGGUUAUGCUCAACGCGACCAAUAUUAAGACACGUCGCUCUACCAAGAAACUCGAUCAUAAGAAACUCGGCCCGUUCAAAAUCAUCCGACUAGCCGGAAAACGAGCCUGCGAAUUGGAACUGCCACCACAAGUCAAAAUCCACAACGUCUUCCACAUUGAACUCUUGGAAAGUUACCGACAGAGCAGUAUCCCAGGCCGUGAACAACGUCCCCCGACUCCCGAAGAUGUCGAUAAGGAAGGAGAGGUCCUGUAUGAAGUGGAAAGUAUUGUGGGAAGCCGGAAAAGUAGAAGAGGAUUAGUGGAAUACCUGGUGAAAUGGCGGGGCUAUUCGAUGAGCGACUGUACGUACCAAGUUAUGGACGCGAUGAAUGAGGAGGUACUUGACCUAGUCUGCGACUUUCAUCGAAGGAACCCCAAGGCCGUGAAGGACCGACGCCUGAGACUAUAG